GAGUUGUGCUACGGAGCGGUGGUACUGGACAGAGGUACUGAGCAGACAAACGGUGUACUAAGAUCUGAUAGCUCUGUAAAGCACAUGAUGAUGAGUGAGCCCAGGAGCCCUGGAGUUCCCCCUGCGGUGCAUCCAGACACACUGAGUUCCACAGUGGAGAUGGACCCUGUGGAGUACACCCUGAGAAAACGCCUUCCUCGUAAACUACCCAAAAGGCGCAACGAUGUCUAUGUGAACAUGAAAACGGACUUCCGGGCUCAACUGGCAAGGUGUCAGAAGCUGCUAGAAGGUGGAGGUCAUCGGGAGAUCUGUGUUCAUGGUCUGGGCUUAGCUAUCAACAGAGCCAUUAACAUAGCCCUCCAGCUUCAGGCCAGCAGCCAGGGAGCACUGCAGCUGGCCACCAACACCUCCACAGUGGAGCUGGUGGAUGAUCUGGAGCCAGAGGACCCUGAUGAGACGGGGGAACCAAUGACGCGCACACGCAACAACUCUGCAAUACACAUAAAAGUCUUCUAUCCUGACCCCCAGUGAACUUUAAUUUCUGUGAGAGAGUGGACUCUUAAUAAAACAUAAAAUUAUGCCUUAUUUAUAUACCUGUUUCCCACCAGAUUUACUUGACAGUGUGAAGCCUGUGAACAAAAGCAUGCUAGACCUUGUUGCAGUGUCCACUAGGUGUCACUACUUAAUAUGGAUUUAAUCUUGGCAAACUCACUCAUGGUGACAUUAUGUUCUGUGUCCUCAAAUGAAAAGUGACACCAUCCACUUCGAUAAUGAGUCAGUCUGGUUCUACUUUAUAAUGAAUGCAGUAUUUUUUAAAAAUGCAAUCUGUAGUAGCAAGGACCCCAUAAUAAAAUGAAUAAAUCAGAC